AUGCAGCAGUGCCAGUACACUGCAGAUACUUACAACGGGAUCUGUAAAGCUGUUGUCACGUACGACAGCGAGAAGGCAGCGGCAUAUGCAUUAGAAAGAAUAAACAAUUAUGAAUUUCCAUCUGGCGAGAUUGUUACAAUUAAGCCAGACGAUAACCCCCUCAAUAAAGUAGCUAGUAACCUGGCAAACAUAGUAAACAGUUUUAAAAAUUCAUUAGAUGCUGGUAAUCCCAACUUGCUUCAGUUAGCUGAUGCUAUAGCUCAAACUUCAUCUUUGAUAAAAGCAGCUACAACUGGUAAAAUUGACCAAAAAGUGCACACCUCAGAGUCUGAGACUUAUGGCAACGUGUGUCUGCCGCCUCCACAGCCGACGGUCGGCACAAUGCACCGGGUAGCUCAGAGAUGCUUUAUUGUUUGUAAACCAUAUCCACCUUCGUUAUCCGUUUUACGGGAUAUAUUCUGCCGUUUUGGAGAUCUCAUUGAUGUGUGCACUUUUCCUAACAAAACAUUUGGAUUUGUGAAAUAUGCUAGUAUUAGAGCAGCCCAGGAGGCUAUGAGAACUCUCAAUGGAAAAGUGUUACACGGCGUUCAUUACAAAGUAUUGGAGGCUGAUGAGAGGCCAUCCAAGGAUGAGGAUGUUAAACUAGAUGACCCUGAAUACCUAGAACCUAGCCAGGGAAGUAAAAGGAUUAAACUUCAUCAAAGCGACUGA